AUGCCACGACAAGUAGAGCCCUCGCUCAACGAGCGCCAAUUCUUCACGAAAGCUCUCACGGAAAACCUACGCAUAGACGGCCGCGCUUUCGAUCAAUACCGUGCGCUAGAGCUAGAGUUUGGUGAUGAAUAUGGAGUAUGUGAUGUGAGGUUAGGAAAGACUCGCAUACAAACUCACAUAACAGCCGAAGUAACCACCCCCCUCCCCGACCGCCCCUUCGACGGCCUCUUCACAAUAACCACCACCCUAUCCCCCAUGUCCUCGCCAACCUUCGCCGCCAACACCCCCCCCUCGGAGACCGAAAUCCUGCUAUCGCGAAUCCUGGAGAAAACGCUCCGGCGCUCCGGCGCCCUGGACACAGAAUCGCUGUGCCUGAUCGCCGGGUCGAAGGUCUGGAGCGUGCGCGCCGACGUGCACGUACUCAGCCACGACGGCAACCUCGUCGACGCCGCCUGCGUCAGUGUCAUGGCCGCUCUGCAGCACUUCCGCAAACCGGAUACGAGUACCGAGGGCGAGGCCGUGACCGUGUAUACGCUUGCGGAGCGGGAGCCCGUGCCGUUGAGUAUACUGCACCAUCCGUACUGUGUGACGUUUUCGUUUUACGGCGCAGACGAGGGGGAUGAGGUCGUGUUGUGCGACGCGUCGUUGGUGGAGGAGCAGUUGCAGGAGGGUGUGGCGACUGUGGGUAUUAAUAGGCAUGGGGAGGUGUGUCAGAUUGCGAAGCUGGGCGGGGUGCCUGUUGAUGCGGUGGUACUUUUGAAUUGCGUGCAGGUUGCGCUGGUGAAAGUUAAGGAGAUUAGUGCGUUUGUGGCUGAAAAGCUGGAAGAGGAUGCGAGGAGGAGAGAUAAAGGUGGUGUGAUUGCUAGCUUGUUGAGUGCGGAGAAUGAGAGGGGUUCGUGA